UGGGACCGGGGAGCCACCAUGGCGCUGCUGCUGCCGGAGCCUCUGAGCGCGGCGCAGCUGCGGCGCCUGGAGCAGCACCGCUACAACGCGUCCGGGCGCUCGCUGCUGGAGCCGCCGCUGCAGCUCUAUUGGGCCUGGCUGGUGGAGCGCACGCCGGCCUGGCUGGCUCCCAACGCCAUCACCCUGGGCGGCCUCGUCUUCAACCUGCUGCCCACGCUCGCGCUCAUCGCCUACUGCCCCAGCGCCCACGAAGAGGCUCCUCCUUGGGUGUUCCUCUCAUGUGCAUUAGGACUAUUUGCUUACCAGUCACUGGAUGCUAUUGAUGGGAAGCAAGCCAGAAGAACCAAUAGCAGCUCUCCUUUGGGAGAACUCUUCGACCAUGGCUGUGACUCUAUUUCUACAGUUUUCAUUGGUAUUGGAGCCUGCUUAGCAGUUCGGCUAGGAACAAAUCCAGACUGGCUGUUCUUCUGUUGCUUUGUUGGAAUGUUCCUGUUUUAUUGUGCUCACUGGCAAACCUAUGUUUGUGGCAUGCUAAAGUUUGGCAAAGUCGAUGUAACUGAAGUACAGAUAGCCGUAAUUAUACUCUUUUUGAUAUCUGCAUUUGGUGGAACAACAGUGUGGGACACUAAGCUUCCUGUGCUGGAUCUAAGACUGAAGAUGAUUCCUGUUGCUGGAAUAGUGGGUGGAGCAAUAUUUUCCAGUUACAGUUAUUUCAGAGUAAUAUUUGGAGGUGGUGUGGGGAAGAAUGGCUCUACAAUAGCAGGAACAAGUGUUCUGUCACCAGGCCUUCAUAUAGGGUUGAUUAUUACUUUGGCAAUAAUGAUCUAUAAAAAAUCUACAACACAACUAUUUGAAAAGCACCCUUGCCUCUAUGUCUUAACAUUUGGAUUUGUGAGUGCCAAAAUCACACAAAAGUUGGUGAUUGCACACAUGACCAAAAGUGAAAUCUUCCUACAAGAUACUGCAUUUAUUGGGCCUGGCCUCUUGUUCCUAGACCAGUACUUCAACAGUUUUAUCGAUGAAUAUAUCAUUCUGUGGAUAGCACUGUUCACAUCCUUGAUUGAUUUACUGAGAUACUCCACUGGGUUAUGCAAACAGAUUGCAGCUCACCUUCACAUACACGUCUUCAAAAUCUCAUCUCAUCAAGCUCCUGAACAGACAGAAAUGCUUGAAAACCUAAUGUACUUGGCAGCUAACUGAACUCGUAAGAAACAGCCAAAUAUGGAUUUCUUAGAAGGUACAAGUUGUUUCUCCACUGAGCCAUCAGAAUAACAUGGACUGAAGAGAUUUGCGAACAGUUGCCAUCUCUUGCUGUUGCUGUUAAGAGAGAAAAAAAUGCUGAUCAAAUGUAACAUUUUGUAUCAUAGUGUUCUGACUUGCUGAAUAUAAAUGGUAAAUGUUUAAUUUUUCUAUUUAAAUGUUGUUUUAAAAUGUCACUGAAAUUUUCCAUAAAUCAGUAUUAACACUUA